CAUGGAACGUAUUUUAAGAGGUAUCAUGCGUUAUCGCAAUACAACACGUGAGCAAAUGGUACGAGAAUUUCAAAAAGUUCGCGAUAACCCAGAGCCCAAAGCUGUUUUCUUUACCUGCAUGGACAGUCGCAUGAUUCCCACCAGAUAUACGGAUACUCAUGUUGGUGAUAUGUUUGUGGGUGGUACGUAAUGCUGGAAAUUUAAUACCACAUGCCCAACACUUUCAAGAUGAACAUUAUAGCUGUGAGCCGGCCGCCCUGGAAUUAGGUUGUGUGGUCAAUGAUAUACGUCACAUAAUUGUUUGCGGUCAUAGUGAUUGUAAGGCCAUGAAUUUGUUGUAUGAACUAAGAGAUCCUGAAUUUGCUUCCAAGCGCAAUCGUCGCCUAUCCCCAUUAAGGGCUUGGCUGUGUACACAUGCCAACACCAGCCUCAACAGAUUUCUCGAAUGGAAAAAGGCCGGCAUGACGGACCCUUUAAUUUUCUCCUCGGAAACACCCUUGCGCCGUUUUGUCGCCUACAUUGAUCCGGAAAAUAAAUUUGCCAUUGAAGAUAAACUUUCACAAAUAAACACACUCGAACAAAUGUCCAAUAUUGCCUCGUAUGGCUUCCUGAAACCACGCCUUGAAUCCCAUGAUUUACACAUACACGCAUUGUGGUUUGACAUCUAUACGGGUGACAUUUAUUUCUUUAGUCGUGGUGCCAAACGUUUUAUACCCGUCGAUGAGGAGAGUGUGGAAAAGUUGACGGAUGAAGUGCGACAGUUUUAUUCGUAA